AGCGCUCUUCCCUGCUUGCCUCCUUUCCCUCUCUUCGAUCUCCAUUCUCUUCUGCUUGCAGCAUCUCCCUCGUGUAGGUCACUCAGGCUUCUUCUUCACUUCCUUGAUGAUGAUCUGCGUCACUCCAGCUGGUUGCCACCAUGUUUGGAAGAGGUUGUAGUUGCCAUCCAAGUCUUCUCGGAGCCUAUGCAUCUCCCUCGCGUUGCUUCCAGCUCGUUUAGCCGAGCGUAAAGUUGUAACUUCGCCUUUGCAGGAAAAUGGGGGAUCGCUUCCGCCUGCUGCUCAUCAUUGCCUCGGUUCUCAGUCUCGCAGCUCUCACCAGCAAUGUAUAUGCGGCUUUGCCUCUCUUCGUCUUCGGUGACUCGCUCGUCGAUUCAGGGAACAACAACUUCAUUCCGUCCCUGGCCCGAGCUAACUUCCCACCAAACGGGAUCGACUUGCCGUCCCGAACAGCAACCGGUCGCUUUGGCAACGGCAAGAUUGUCUCCGACAUCAUAAGCGACUAUAUGGGAGUGCCGUCGGUCCUCGAGAUCCUCAGUCCAUUCGCAAGAGGAGCAAAUCUUCUCAGAGGUGCAAACUUCGCCUCGGCUGGCGCUGGAAUCCUAGAGGAUACGGGAGUAAUCUUCGUCCAGCGCUUGACCAUUCCGGACCAGUUUAGACUGUUUCAGGAGUACAAAGGUCAAAUAACAUCGCUCGUUGGCCCUGCUGCGGCAGCCAGGAUCGUAGCUGACGGCCUCUACUCGUUCACCAUCGGAGGAAACGACUACAUCAACAACUAUCUAUUGCCGGUCUCGGUUCGAGCGGCUCAGUUCUCUCCCGCGCAGUUCAACACGCUGCUCAUCGCCACUCUGCGGCAGCAACUCAGAACCGUCUACGCUCUCGGUGCACGCAAAGUAACCGUGGGAAACAUCGGACCGAUCGGAUGCAUCCCGUCGCAGCUCUCGCAGCGCAGCCGGGACGGGCAGUGCGUCCAGCAGCUGAACGACUACGUCCUCAACUUCAACGCGCUGCUGAAAAACAUGCUGGUGGAGCUCAACCAGGAACUUCCAGGAGCACUCUUUGCCUACCUCAAUGGUUUCGACAUUCUCAAGGAGUACAUCGACAAUCCUGCGCAGGGAGGCUUUGCGGUCUCCAACAAGGCGUGCUGUGGACAGGGGCCGUACAACGGUGUGCUGGUGUGUACGGCGCUCUCGAAUCUCUGCCCGGACAGGAGCAAAUAUGUGUUUUGGGACGCGUUCCAUCCCUCCCAGUCCUUCAAUUACAUCUUCACGAAUCGAAUCAUCAAUGGCGGCCCCAACGACAUCAGCCCCGUCAAUCUGGCGCAAAUCCUUGCAAUGCCGUGAGACGAUUGAUCACGCCCGCGCCCUGGGUAAUGCGAGAAAUAAUCUGGGGGAAAUCAUUCAGUCAAUCAAUCGAGAGAUACAGGAAGCACAGUAGGAGCUAAGAUCUCACCGUGAGAAGCUACAUUUUCGUAGGCGCGGUGGAUCGAUUCAACCAUGUCUUUGCAAAGAACAAGAAGCGCUAAAACCCUAAAAUUCACCGA